AUGUCUCGCGCGAGCGAUGUCGAGUCACUGCUGCUUCGCUUCCUGGAGGUGGAGGAUGGGCUGCACAGGCCCACGGCUCGCCACGAAAACGCCCCUCUGCUAGUCAAGAUGACGUCUUCUGCCACCCCCGUUGAUGAAGCAGUGACGGUGAAUGGCCAUCAGGCCCGUCGCUCGUGCAGUGUCACAGAAGCGCCGGCCCAAGCGACUGCUUGCUGCGAGAUGGCGACCCCGUCAUCUUCGCACCAUGAUCUGCGCCGCCCCAACACCUCCAGCUCGUCCGCUAGCAGCGACACGCAAGGGGAAGCAGCGACACCACCUCGCCGCUCGAGCAGCAACCAACAUGUCAUCACCCGCACUGCACUUGACACCUUCGCGCGACCGCCCACGCCGCGCAACUCGAUUCCAGGUGCGUCACCGUCGCCGCCGCUGUCGCUGUCACAUCCGGUCGUGCAGUUUCUUACUAGUGUGCAACUGCAAGGCUAUGCCGACCGCCUCAUGUGCGAUCUCGGCAUUCAGUCCCUCCCAGACUUGGUGAAGCGGAGCGCCGCUUUAAAGGAUGUGACUGCGCUGCUGGGGCCCUCUGCAUCGCUGCAGCAGCACAAUGAACUGCUGCGCGGCUUGCGACGGUGGGAGCGCGAAGAGGCGCGCCGUGCCAACGCAGAGGCUGCAGAGGAGCGGCGACGCGCACGGAAGGAGGACCGCCCCACGAAGGGAGCGGCCAAGGCGCUUGGCACGCAUAAAAGUCGGUCACGCGCCGCCCAAACGACCGUUCAAAGCGUGACGACCGCCUCGGAGGAUGACGGUGGCCGUGCGAGCGGACGAGGAAGUGGCACCGGCGGCGGUCGGCAGUCGACGCCGCUCGUUGCCGCUCUUGACAGCUGCGUCGGCAUGUGCGCAGCCGUGUGCUUUCGCCUUUCGGACGUGUGCGAUCGUGUGCUGCAGUCGCACACGUCCACCACCGCCCUCGGCACCACUGAGGCAGCCCCUCAUGAGCUCUCAGGCGACAGCGGCAACGUCGUCGUAUCGUCGUUGGAACCGCCGCCGUUUCCUGCAUCGUUGUCCAUGUCCUCCUCCUCGCGCCCUUCGCUGACGACGAGCGCCACCCAGCUGAUGCGACAGCUGUCGUAUCGAUGCAGUCACGCUCGUCUAGCAGCAGCUCGUCGGCGUCGAGCUGGGUGGAGCCGCUCUUAUCGCAACGUCCGCGGUGACCAGGGCGAGCCUCUGGAUGCGACGUCUAGGACGGCAACGAAGGUAGCGCCGUACGACGUGGAUGCGGAGGACCUUGAUGCUGUGACGACGAGCGGCGCGUCCAGCCGCAGCGGCAGCAACCACCGCGAAGUCAGUCAUGCAAGCGAGGUAUCGUGCCAGCUUGAGACGAGUGAGCCUCCAGCGGAGGGGGACGUGGGCGACGACGCCGAUGCUGCGCUGUCAGACGAGGAGAGUCUCCCCAGGUGUGCGCAGCGGGCGAGCGUAGCCUCUGCCGCGGGCGUUGAGCGCUGUGAGGCGGUGGAGGAGUCCUCAAAUGCGGAGGCGUUGCUGCUACCAGCGGCGCUGUCCUCGGCUUGCUACUUGUGUGAGUCACACCUGUCCUUCACGCUGUGCUCGUUGCGCGAGGCGGCGGAGGAGCAAACUGCCGUGCCGGACCUGAAUGGCUCUGACGGUGCCGAUGGAGAAGGGCCAGCAAGCACACAGUGGGCACCAGCCGUAUCGGACACGCCAUGUGGUGCAUUCGGCGACGUGCUCACCGGAGACGGCCGCGCCACUGACGAGUCUCAUCACCCCAUCCCCAACGGCCUUGUGGCUACAAGCAAUAUAUCCCUCAGCGCCCUCUCCGCCCGCGCUGAGGUGCAGGUGCUUCCUCCACGAGAGCCAGCGGUGACCCUGGUGCGUGCGAAAGGGUCACCAGUCGCGGAGGAGGCAGGUAGGACGGCAACCGCCGACGCACACACGACUGCAGCGCAAUAUCCAGUGCUGGGUAGCGGCACAACUUGCAACGCAUCGCAGCAUCAUCAGUCCCUCAACCCCGUGGCUCUUACACACGAGAGUGCAGCACAGCCGCGGCAAAGCAGGGCGACAGAUACCUUGCUCGAGACAACUGGUGCCUCUGUCGUCACAGGAAGCGCGCCGGAGGCACGUGCACUACUGGAGAAACGACUCGCAGACGCACGACGCCGCCUCAACGAUGCGCUGCAAGAGGCGCUGCAGUCCUACAACGCCGAGGUGAAGGCCAUCCGUCAGGCGACAGCCGUGCCACACACGGACACUGCGAUAGUGAAGAAGUGGGUACCCCUGCGUGCUGUUCUGCAGCCCAUACCGUUCUCACCACGAGCAUCGAGCGCGUGUGCCCGUAGCGCUGCAGCAGCGAAGCUCAGCACGCCAGCGGAGCGUGUUGUCUGGGGGCUAGAUGCGGAGGGCGACGUCGACAGCGGUGAGAUACACUGGUGCGCUUCCCCCGCUCCUACCGCGGCCGUGUCUGCUGGUGCGGAGGCGGAGGUGCCAGCUACCUGCUCUCCUGCUGCGGGAGCCGCGCUUGAUUGUGUGUGCGCUGAUGAUAGGAAGGUCCUGACAGCUAUGGCCAGCACUGCCACCUCUGCGCGCACGACAGUGAGCUUCACUGCCGCGCCAGUAGCCCCGAGCUGCCGUUCUGCGGUGACACCAGCCGCCACGGUCGAGGGCGACGGGCUCGCCAGCACAGGGGCUCUUGACGCUCCGACCGCAGCAGCGUUGAUGGAGUCUCGUUCGGGGAGGGACAAGGAAAGGGAAGAGGAUGGCAACGUCAGCUGCGAAAGCGUUGGUCGCUUGACGGCCGGCACGCAGCGCCUCUCGACGCACGUCAACAUGGGUGCCGCAGGCAAGGCAGCGGCGAUUGCUGCGGCGACUCCCAUCGACAUGGUCGCAGCGGAGGGGCGUGGUGACAGCACGGCUGCUUUUCUCUGGGUAUCUCAAGACUCCCCGUCGAGAACGCGGCAAGGUCCAUAUGCAGAUGCCGCUGCGGCGGACUCCGAUAGGGAAGAGAAUGUAUCGACCAGCGACGAGUGGUGGGCGGCAUACGGCAUCGACGCGCUGGAAUGCACCCAGAACAGUGCCGACGGCGUUGCCGGCGGAUGGGCUGCUGCGCCCAGCACCAAUUCCGUGCAUCCUCAUGCUACCUCCAAUGGCAACGGUGCGGUGUCGACUUCCCGAGUCUGCACCCCGUCACCCGCGCCAGUGGAGGUGAUCGAACUCACCUCCGGCACCGAUGACGAGGAUGCCGACUCUCGCGACGCGCGCAGUCGCCCACCACAUGCAUCUUCUUAUCUCCCCCCACCAGCUGCUCCCUCGCUGCUGCUGCCAACCUCGCCGCCACCCCGCGAUGGCCUUAGCGGGGGUGUCACGAUCCCUUCGCGCACUGGGCCUACGGCGCCGAUGCACUCAUGGCGGCCGUUGGUCUUGGACAGGCGCCUGCAUGCGGAUGCGUGGCCGCACAUGACGAACGCCGAACUACGCCAGCUCUGCUUUGAGUUCGGCUUGAUGGCUCCGUCACCGACGAAAGGAGACACCACGUCACCUUUUCCUGUAGCCGCAGCUGGCUCUCCGCGUAUCCUUGGGCGUCGUGGCCGGUCAGCUCCGCUGCCGUCGUCGGCAGCAGGCUCUCCAGCAUGUGCACGGAAGUCGGCUGUCUCGCCUGCGUCUUCACCGGAGCGGGAUCUGUUUGGACUGCCAACGCUGCCGACCGUAGUCCCCGCUGCGUGCAGGGAGUCCUCACACACGGCAGCGAAAACCGUCGAUGGUGCGCCACCGCCACCGCCACCGCCGCCGCCGGAGCCGUCGUCACCCGUUGGCGCUUUCACGCAACCCGAGAACGGCUCUGGUGGUGGCGGUGGCGGCAGAGCUGCUGUUGCGGCGGCGGCGGCGGCGACGGGGGUGGCAAGUGAGCAUGUGGAUAUCCGGCAGCGGGACCAACGACGCGCUACCUUGCUGGAGCGCGAGUCGUUGCUGGAGGCGCUGCGGCUACUUGCUACACGGCUCCGCUUUCGACAUACUGUUGCACCAUUCUUUCUGCACCGCGUGGCGCGGCUUAGCGGACUGCCCUACAAGCGUAUGCGUGCCGCCGACCUCUUGGACGAAGGCGCUGUACUCACCCGCGAUGACCUCAAGCAGACGCGACUCCGCUACAAGGCUGAGGAGCAGGUGGAGGUUGAGCGCUGCAUCGCAUCUGCCCUCGUGGCCGAGGCGGCCGAGGCGAUAGAGCAGGAUGCACAGCGCGUCACGUCUCGAUGGGCGACUCUCCCCUUGUUCGCGGUAGAGGGCGGAAACAGCACCAAGAUGAAAGUGUCACCUGCCCGCAGCGCACUCGCGUCCCUCCCAGACGGCGGGGUGCGGUGCUGCUACGACCAGAUCCUUCUACGAGAGCCUGUGAACGUUUUUGCCGCGGUAUCGGCCGUCCAGAGAUCCUUCCCGCACAUUACACAUACCCGCGUUCAGCAGCUUCUCGCGGCGAAUGAGGUGACCGCGGAGGCGGUCGUCACGGUUUCAAGCCGCUCGCCUUCGCCGGUACCCCAGUUAGCCACAACAGGGCAGCUCGAGGCAGGACAGGCGAUGGCAGUGCCUCGGCCCUCAGGUGAGUUGACGAUCGACGCGACGCCCUCGAUACAACAGACGGGCGGCGGCGACAUUCCGUUCCACCGCGGCAGCGGCGCCGUCCACUCUCCGGCCACGACGACGCCUCUCUCGCAGGAGGAUCGGCAGCGUGUGAAUGCGCGGCGCUACUUCGCGCAGCGAAGUUACAUGAUUCGCCGGCAGACCGGCGGCCGGGGCGGUGGCCGCCGCUGA